AUGCCACCUAAGUAUGCAAUGCAAGGACUUUUUUCAAUAAAGUCUGAUGUAUAUACCUUUGGGGUAUUGCUACUAGAGAUCAUUACUGGGAAAAGGAAUAGUACUUACCAUCAUGAUGGCCCUUCCUCAAAUUUGAUUGGACAUGUUUGGGACCAAUGGAGAGAAGACAAUUCCAUGAAAAUAGUCGACCCGUUACUAGGUGAGACAUACCCUGCUAAUGAAGUUUCAAGAUGCAUUCAAAUUGGACUUUUGUGCGUGCAAGAACAUGCAACAGACUGGCCAACCAUGUCAACUGUUGUUUUCAUGUUGGGUAAUGACACUCCUCUUCCUUCUCCAAAACGACCUACAUUUAUUUUGAAGGGUACUUACAAUAGUACAGACAGAUCAACUAGGGCAGCAUCUAAUUCUAUAAAUGAAAUAACACUUUCUAAAAUUGACGGUCAUUAAAACCCCAAACUAUUUGAAGUAAGUGUGC